CAGUGUUUUAAUGUUAUUUUAAUGUUAGUCAUAAAGUUGUACCAUUUAAAAUUCGUAACUAGAUCAAUUUUAGUAUCAAGAAAUAGAUCAAGUAUCAAGAAACCAAAACAUUUCUUUUAUCGAUGAUAACAAGAUCUUUUCUUUUUUUCAUUUUCGCAAAUUCAUGUUCAGAGGAAGGAGAUAAGACGUGGUAUUAACUUUUACCGGAGACUUAUUGGCGUGACACCGCUAAGCAUUUCGCUGGAACUUGUUUGGUAUCUCUCUAGGCAAUGUCUCUCUGUAUUUAUUCUAUUUUAUAUAUUAUCAUCCCGUGUUUAUAUUGUUUUCCAAUUAUAUUAGCUGAUCAGUCAUUUCCGAACCUUUUGUUGGUUUCUUUUGACGGUUUUCGAUGGGAUUACAUGACUCAUUCGAAUGCUACUUUGAAUAACUUUAAGUGGUUUGUCGAAAAUGGCGUUUCUGCCCGACGUGGUUUACAAAAUGCAUUUAUCACGAAGACUUUCCCCAAUCACAUCACUUUAGUAACCGGUAUGUACGAAGAAAGUCACGGCAUAGUUGGCAAUACAAUGUACGACCCUCUUUACAACGAAACCUUCUACGGUUCUGCCGAGCAAGUCAGAGACCCUAAGUGGAUGGACGACGGAGGUGAACCUAUAUGGGUUACCAACCAAAAGGAAAACACAAAGGCUAGAAGUGGAUGUGUUUACUGGGUCGGUGAUGGUGCUAGCAUAAAAGGGUUCAAACCAUACAGAUAUUUAGAAUUUAAUAAAAACUAUUUGUUGAAUUUUACUAGCAGAAUAGACAAAAUUAUCGAGUGGUUCACAGACCCUUCUUAUCCUAUUAAUCUGGGGUUGUUAUAUUUUGAAGAACCAGAUCAUACUGGACAUGUCUUUGGUCCUGAUUCACCAGAAAUUGAUAAAAAACUAACUGCCCUUAACAAUGAUUUAGGUUAUCUUAUUCGACGUUUAAACAACACAGGUUUACUUUCCAAAACUAAUGUUAUCAUCACCAGUGACCAUGGAAUGGCAUUUACUCCAGCAGAUAAAAUCAUUAACUUGGAUUUAUACAUCACGCCGUCUAAAUAUCAAAUUUUUCAAAAAAAUCCUAUUGGAAAUAUCCUACCUAAUAAAGAUGUUCCUAUUGAGCAGUUUGUAAAAAAUCUAUCAUCAGUGCCUCACUUACAUGUGUUUCUUAAGGAAGAUAUUCCAGAAAGUGCUCACUACAAGCACAAUCGACGCAUUCAGCCUUUACUGUUGGUUCCUGAUGAAGGAUACACUCUCAAUUCAUCACAUUAUAGCUACCACAGACAGGGAGAACAUGGCUACAACAACACUUUACUUGAUAUGCAUCCAAUUUUUAUGGCUUCUGGGCCUAGCCUUAAGAAAAACUUCUCAGUUGACAUGUUUGAAAAUGUUGAUUUAUACCCUUUGAUGUGUACACUUCUUGGUUUAAAACCAUCUCCUAAUAAUGGUAGCAUGGAGACAGUUCAAGCAUUUCUUAUCCCUAAAUAUUCAAGCAGUUUUACAACAUUUAUUACAUACAUGAAUAGAAAAAAGAAAUUGCCUCAGAGAUGUAACCUUUGAACUUAAAUUUAAAUC